AAAUCUUGAAAAGUGGACAUGUUAACUGUUGCUAAGAAAUUGAGUUCAAUAUAUAUGAGACUAGUUUUGCCUACACCUUCUUCAUCGACUUUUUUAUCAUUUGGUUCAUCAGUUUCUGUUUUCUCACCGCCUCGUGGCACCCAAUUCUUGCGUUUAAAUUUUCGAUUCAGAACGAUGGCGUCUCAUGUUGUUGGAUAUCCUCGUAUGGGGCCCAAGAGAGAGCUUAAGUUUGCGUUGGAAUCAUUUUGGGAUGGGAAGAGCAAUUCUGAGGAUUUGGAGAAAGUGGCAGCUGAUCUUAGGUUAUCUAUUUGGAAGCAGAUGGCUGAUGCUGGCAUUAAAUAUAUUCCAAGCAACACCUUCUCGUAUUAUGACCAAGUUUUGGACACAACUGCUAUGCUAGGUGCAGUUCCACCAAGAUACGGUUGGAAUGGUGGUGAGAUUGGUUUUGAUGUCUACUUCCCAAUGGCUAGGGGAAACGCCUCUGUACCUGCCAUGGAAAUGACAAAAUGGUUUGACACCAACUACCACUAUAUUGUUCCUGAAUUAGGUCCAGAUGUUAAGUUUUCCUAUGCGUCUCACAAGGCAGUUAGUGAAUAUAAGGAAGCUAAAUCUCUCGGCAUUGACACAGUCCCUGUCCUCGUAGGUCCAGUUUCCUUCCUCUUGUUAUCAAAAGCAGCAAAAGGUGUUGAAAAGUCGUUUCCUCUUCUAUCACUGAUUGAAAAGAUUCUUCCAGUUUACAAGGAAGUCAUUGCUGAACUGAAGGCAGCUGGUGCUAGUUGGAUUCAGUUUGAUGAGCCUACUCUUGUUAAGGAUCUUGAUUCUCAUCAAUUGCAAGCAUUUUCUCAUGCCUACUCAGAAUUAGAGUCACCGCUUUCCGGAUUAAAUGUCCUCAUUGAGACAUAUUUUGCUGAUGUUCCUGCUGAAGCUUUCAAAACAGUGACUUCUUUAAAAUGUGUUACUGCACUGGGGUUUGAUCUAGUUCGUGGAUCAAAGAAUCUUGAUUUGAUCAAGAGUGGUUUUCCUUCAGAAAAGUAUCUAUUUGCUGGAGUAGUUGAUGGGAGGAAUAUUUGGGCUAAUGAUCUUGCUGCUUCUCUCAGUACCUUGCAAGCUCUUGAGAACGUGGUCGGAAAAGACAAGCUUGUGGUCUCCACCUCUUGCUCGCUUCUCCACACUGCAGUUGAUUUAGUGAAUGAAACUAAGUUGGAUGAAGAAAUUAAGUCAUGGCUUGCAUUUGCUGCACAAAAAUUGGUUGAAGUUAACGCGUUGGCAAAGGCGUUGGCUGGACAAAAAGACGAGGCAUUCUUCUCUGCUAAUGCUGCAGCUCGUACGUCCAGAAAAUCCUCUCCCAGAGUGACCAACGGGGCUGUGCAGAAGGCUGCUGCUGCGUUGAAGGGCUCUGAUCAUCGCAGAGCGACAACUGUAAGUGCGAGGUUGGAAGCUCAACAGAAGAAGCUGAGUCUUCCAUCUCUUCCAACCACUACCAUCGGUUCUUUCCCUCAGACAUUGGAGCUUAGAAAAGUUCGACGAGAGUACAAGGCUAACAAGAUCUCGGAGGAAGAUUAUGUCAAAUAUAUUACGGAGGAAAUCAGCAAAGUAGUCAAACUCCAGGAGGAUCUAGACAUUGAUGUUCUUGUGCACGGAGAGCCAGAGAGAAACGAUAUGGUCGAGUAUUUUGGGGAGCAAUUAUCUGGUUUUGCUUUUACAGCCAAUGGAUGGGUUCAAUCUUAUGGAUCUCGCUGUGUUAAGCCACCAAUAAUCUACGGUGAUGUCAGUCGCCCAAAACCAAUGACUGUCUUCUGGUCUUCACGAGCACAGAGCAUGAGCAAGCGUCCAAUGAAGGGAAUGCUUACAGGACCUGUUACCAUUUUAAAUUGGUCUUUUGUUAGAGAUGACCAGCCAAGAUUUGAGACUUGCUACCAAAUAGCUUUGGCUAUUAAGGAUGAGGUUGAAGAUCUCGAGAAGGCUGGCAUUAAUGUCAUUCAGAUUGAUGAAGCUGCUUUAAGAGAGGGUUUACCUCUUAGAAAAUCCGAGGAAGCUUUCUACUUGAACUGGGCUGUACAUUCAUUCAGGAUUACCAACUGUGGUGUUCAAGACACUACCCAGAUUCACACUCACAUGUGCUAUUCAAACUUCAACGACAUCAUCCAUUCAAUUAUCGACAUGGAUGCUGACGUUAUCACCAUCGAGAACUCCAGGUCUGACGAGAAACUUCUUUCUGUGUUCCGCGAGGGAGUGAAGUAUGGUGCUGGCAUUGGCCCCGGAGUAUACGACAUCCAUUCACAAAGGAUUCCAUCAACAGAAGAAAUAGCUGACAGAAUCAGCAAGAUGCUUGCAGUCCUUGAUACCAACAUCCUCUGGGUUAACCCCGACUGUGGCCUCAAAACGCGCAAGUAUACUGAAGUUAAGCCUGCACUCAGCAACAUGGUAGCAGCUGCUAAGCUUCUCCGCAACCAGUUGGCCAGCACGAAGUGAGCUUGACUUACCAUAGUUGAUACAACGUGACGUUUGAAAUUGCCAUGGCUGUUUGUUGCAGAGAAAUAAUAUGUAGGUUUCUGAGUUACUAGCCAAAUUAUCUGAGGUUUGCUAUUUAGCUCCUUUUUUCAUCAUUGCUUCUUGUAUUUACCCUAAUAGAAGUAAGAAAAAUAAAUUUCACAAGUGACAUUCGGUUUUGAUGGUGCCCUCCCACCGUUCGACA